AUGGAUAAAAGUAAAUACAUGAUCGUGUUUCAGAAACCUGUGUUGAAUGUGGAAGAUAUGAUUCGACAUGGUGUGAUGAAAAUGUAUUUUUAUUUGAAAGACAGUCAUGGAAAUGAAUAUAAGAGUAAGAAGUAUGAUUUUAUGGUCCCAGGAGAACAGUCUAUUCCAUGUUCUGGAAUGAUUGACAGCCAAGUGUCAAAUGUCAACAACACCAUAGACAGCUCAGUCCCAAUAGAAAGAAGACUAGUGUUGAAAAAGUUGAAGGAAUCACCAUUGGGAUCUUCUCUUUCUGAUAUUCAUUUCAAUCAAUUCUUAUCCAAUUUAUUUGAAAACAUUAGUUCAUCCACUUUGGAAUUAUUCAACAUGUCCACUUUUCCCUAUUUUGGCAAUUAUGACAUUCAAAAGCACACCUUCACACUCACCGACGAUGGACGUGGUAGAGAUUCUGCAUGGCAUUCCUGCUGCAGAUUUUCCCAAAUUCUCAUUUCUCUCAAUUUAGGAAAAGCUCUCUUAUUCGUCAGAAUGAUCAAUACCAAGAAACCCAAUGGACAACAACAAUCAUCCAAUGGCAGCAAUUCCUCUCCUCAAAAAUCCUUAACUUUUGACGAAGCUCAGAAAUUCAAUUCUUCACACAUUGAAUUCGCAUGUCAAUCUCUCAUUCAAAUUCCAACCAUGAAAGGAAAUUACAAAUUCUUUGCCACUAGUAAUUCUGGAACGAAAGGAGAAACCUGUUGCUUUGUUCAUGACAGUUUCAAUUUGCAACAAUUACGAAAUUUAUUAGGAGAUUUUUCAAAAGCUGAAAAAAGUGGUCCUUGUAAAACCUUUUCUCGAGUGGCCUUAAAUUUUGGAAAAUGUGUGAAAAGUGACAGACCUUUAUGUGAAGAAGAACAAGUUGCAUAUCUACCUCCAGAAUAUGAAAUGGAAUUUCCUGGAACGGAUGGCAUUGGUUUCAUUCAUGAACAUCUCGCUCAUGAAUUGUUAUUGAAUAUCAAUGACUUUGUCACCAGAGAAAAAUUGUUAUUUAACAAUCAAAAAGAAUUGAGAGGUGUUGGUGCCAUUCAAGUUCGAUAUUCUGGAUGUAAGGGAGUGUUGCAACUCAUUCCUGCUUCGUAUUGGCCAUUCUUCAGAAAAAGUACAAAUUGA